CAGGGAGCUGCCCGCCAGCGGGCUGAGCGCGGGCGGAGCCCUGGCGUCCUGCUCCGGGUGCCACUCGCAGCAGGGCGGCGGCAAGCAUGGCCACGGCGGCGGCCGUGGCGGUAGCCCGUGGGGCCGGGGCGAGGGCGGCGGCGGCCCUGCGGGGCGGCUGCGGGAGUGCGGCCCGGGGGCGGCCGCGCGCGGGCCCCGCACGGCCCUUGUGCACAGCACCUGGGACGGCCCCGGACAUGAAAGGCUACUUGUGGGAGCGCUACCGGGAGGCGAAGAGGAGCACGGACGACUUGGUUCCUUCAAUUAUGAACAACUUGUUGAAUCCAGAUGCCAUUUUCUCGAACAAUGAGAUGAGCCUGUCGGAUAUUGAAGUCUAUGGCUUUGAUUAUGACUAUACCUUGGUGUUUUAUUCCAAGCACCUGCACACGCUGAUAUUUAAUGCUGCUCGGGACCUUCUCAUCAAUGAACACCGGUAUCCGGUGGAAAUCAGGAAGUAUGAGUAUGACCCAAAUUUUGCAAUUCGUGGACUUCAUUAUGAUGUGCAGCGGGCAGUGUUGAUGAAGAUUGAUGCUUUCCAUUACAUCCAGUUGGGAACUGUCUACAGAGGCCUCAGUGUUGUCCCUGAUGAAGAAGUCAUUGAAAUGUACGAGGGGUCCCACGUGCCUCUGGAACAGAUGAGCGACUUUUAUGGAAAGAGUUCUCAUGGAAACACCAUGAAGCAGUUCAUGGACAUCUUCUCCCUGCCGGAGAUGUCCCUCCUGUCCUGCGUGAACGAAUACUUCCUCAAGAACAACAUUGACUAUGAGCCUGUGCAUCUGUACAAAGACGUCAAGGAUUCAAUUCGAGACGUGCACAUCAAAGGAAUCAUGUACAGCGCGAUCGAAGCAGAUAUUGAGAAGUACAUCUGCUACGCCGAGCAGACCCGCGCAGUGCUGGCCAAGCUGGCCCACCACGGCAAGAAGAUGUUUCUCAUCACCAACAGCCCCAGUAGUUUCGUGGACAAAGGGAUGAGGUAUAUUGUUGGAAAAGACUGGAGGGACCUGUUUGAUGUGGUCAUCGUUCAGGCCGAGAAGCCAAACUUCUUUAAUGAUAAGCGGAGACCUUUCCGCAAGGUGAACGAGAAAGGUGUCUUACUCUGGGACAAGAUCCACAAGUUGCAGAAAGGCCAGAUUUAUAAGCAGGGCAACCUAUAUGAAUUUUUGAAGCUUACUGGAUGGAGAGGAUCCAAAGUGUUGUAUUUUGGUGACCACAUAUACAGUGACCUGGCGGAUUUGACCCUGAAGCACGGCUGGCGAACUGGUGCAAUUAUCCCGGAGCUGAGGUCCGAGCUCAGGAUCAUGAACACGGAGCAGUACAUUCAAACCAUGACCUGGCUGCAGACCCUGACCGGGUUAUUGGAGCAGAUGCAGGUUCACAGAGACCCCGAGUCACAGCUGGUUUUGCAGGAGUGGAAAAAGGAAAGAAAGGAAAUGAGAGAAAUGACCAAAAAUUUCUUCAACACCCAGUUUGGAAGCUUGUUCCGCACAGACCAGAACCCGACCUACUUCCUGAGGCGCCUGUCACGCUUUGCGGACAUCUACAUGGCGUCUCUGAGCUGCCUGCUGAACUAUGACGUCAGCCACACGUUCUACCCGCGGAGGACUCCGCUGCAGCACGAACUUCCUGCCUGGUCGGAUGGGGCCCCCACCUUCAGACUCCCUCUCCUGCAGGAGGCCCAUGCCAAGUAACCAGGGGCCCAGCUGCAGAAAAAGCCAGAAGCAGGGACAGCCCCCAACUGGCUGGACGUGAUGGGGUUGACUUGUGUGCAGACGAGUGUUGCUUUUGGAAAAGAUACAAAUAUGCCUUUUGAUAUUUAUUACCUUAUGGAGACUCCUUCCACGUUGUUAAGACCGAAGCGAGCAGCCCACCAGUUCCGACUUCGCAUCUCUUGUUGGGCCGAGUGGGAAGCUUCAUACUGAAACCCUGCCAUCAGCCUUUUUGUUUACCGAGGUCCUGGAUCGGGUGUCCGUGUUUCCGGGCUCGGUGACACCCCUUGAUGCCAUCUCUCAAUUCUAGCUGCUGUAGUGUCCAAACUGUUCUUGACUCUUCCGUGGAAAACGGGCGGACCAUUCCCGGACAGUGCUCCGGGGACCGCAGGGGCACAGCGCCAUGUGACAGUAAGCAGCUCGCGGAAAGCUGACGGAGGAGUCCACGAGCUCCGUAAUAGCCUCGCACGGCAGCAAGCAGCAGAGGUGGCCCCCACGUGGCCUCCAGCGCCCACGGUGCAAGGUACCAGGGGUUUGGCCUCCUGGUGUGGCCGCCCUCAAAGGGAGACUCUGCCUCCUUGCCAAAAAAGUCUUCUGUAACUGAACAAGAGAAGUUGCAA